AGUUGGUUGAUUAGCGAGUGACUUGAGGAGAUCCCAAGAAAAAUGUGCUAACUUAUCAAAAGCGGUAUUGUACCGUUUCAUGUCACUUUCGAAUUCAAUUUUUUUGUUUGUUUGUUAAAUUUUGUUUCUUUCACAAAGUUUAUACAAAUUUAUAAAACCUCUUUUGUUUUAUUAACUGGAAAACUGAAUCAAUCACAUAUAAACAUUUUUAAAAUUAAAAAUUUUGGGAUCGAAAAUUUAUAACCUCCAAAUAGAAAUAUUUAACGAAGAAUAUUGAAUUAUAGUAUUUAAAAAAAUCAAUCCAUAUAAAAUUCACUGCUUUAAAAUAUUUUCAAGAUUUUAAUAUGAACUCUUCAUUCUUUUUGAAGAGUGCACCUAAACCAUGUCCUUUUCUAAUCAACAUCAACGAAGUAUUAUUCAACCCGCUGGUUUAAGAUUAUGUAGUUGUAAAUUGCUAUCUGAGUGGAGGUCAAAAUGGAAACCCAUCCAUUACGUAGCAAAGAUAUCUAAUUCCUCUAGAGGAUUGAUUUUGUGUGUGUGUGUGUGUUAAAACGUUAAAUCUCUAGAGGAUUAAGUUUUGAGGUUUACUUCAAAUUUAUAUUGGUAUGGGAAAACUACUAUAUAGUUUGUCUACUAUAGAAAUAUUAACAAAUUCACUCAUAGUUUAAACGUUGAAAGUAAAUAUAUAAGAUACGAUGAUUGUCACAUUGACAAGAUACUAAUAUACUCAUAAUGUUAAUUUGUACAUAAUAAAGUUUGAGAAAAGAAAAUGUAUAAAAAAGAAUGACUCAAAUCAUCGUAUAAUAACUCAAAUAUACGACACAAAAAACUAUCCAUGAAUAUGCCAAAGUAGAUAAUAACUCAAAUGUCAGUACACAUCAUAGCAUCAAUCACCACCACCUACACGGUCCCAACAGCUCAAUUAUUGUUCCUUUCAGAUCAAUUAUUACAAACGGCACAGAUUGAGUCGAAUACUAUGGACACCUGAUUUUUUUUUGUAGCAAACAACUAACAUUGUUAAAGCGGCAAUAUUGUCAUUACAUACAAUUUCUUCCGUUAAAGCUAACUACCUUCCUUUUGUUCCCGUAUUGAAUUGAAAAACUUUUCUUACUGACUUUUCUUUUGAACAUCGAUUUGUAUAACCGUCUAAGGCUUCCAUUGGCGAUAUAUAUGUAGUAUGAUAACUGAGUGAAGAUAACAGUUAUGAUUUAAUGUAAUUUUCAAUAAAAACUAUGUGAUAGAAACUGUAAAUAUAUAUAGUGAAUUUGCUGUAAAAUAUGACUUACUAUUUUGUCAACAAUUAAUAACCCUUUUGAUGUAUUAAGUUAUUAACUGUACUAUGUAUUAGUUUUAUAAAAUAGAAAUAAUAGUAUAAAAUAUUCUAAUAUAAAUUUAGUAAAAAUAUUUAGAGAAAGAUAAAAUAAAUUAAAAAUUAACUAAAUAUAUUCAGAAUAUAUAUAUAUAUAUAUAUAUAUAUAUAUAUAUAUAUAUAUAUAUACAAAGCUCCCAUAUAUAUACAAAUAAUUUAUGUACAUAAUGUUUUUUAGUUACCAAACAAACUUAACAAUUAUUAAUAUACAAAGCUCCCAUAUUGGUUAGACAAACGCAGCUGGAAGUUGGCUUUUACUUAACAAUUAUAGUAAUACGUCCCAUGCACUGGACCAUUGGUUUUCGAAAGAUUUGACAUGCAUAAAGCUACAAUACCAAACAAACAAAAGAGUACAUAAUCACCUUAAAGAUAAGGUAAGAUCCCUCGUGUUAUGAUUGCUGAGACACUGACAUUUAAUCAAUUUCAAAGGAGACAAAUUAAACACGAUGCUUUCUGGUUUCUAUUUUUUAAUUUGUUGGCGAUAAGUAGAAUAACCCAAGUCCAAUAUAUAUUAUUUAAAUCUCUUACAUAUUUUUUUGACUAAAAAAAAAAAAAAAAUUAUAUUAACCUUUUCAACAUGUGUUAUCUCCAACAUUUUCAUCCUUUAUAUUAACCUUCCCCUUUAGUGUGAUAUCUCUAUUUUAAAAUUUCUCCAUAAUGGCUUUGGUAAGCUUACUUGAUAUCUCAAUUGCUUUCUUUUGUUUCCUCAUCUUUCAAAUUUUCUUGAUCAGCAAGAAACCUCACCCCUCCUUUCUCACAAACUGGCCGUUCCUUGGUAUGCUUCCCGGUUUGCUCCUAGAGAUCCCUCGUGUUUAUGACUUUAUAACUGAGGUUCUUGAGCAUGGGAACUUAAACUAUCUUUUCAAAGGCCCCUUUUUAGGGGGCCUCGACAUGUUGUUCACCGUUGAUCCUGCUAAUAUCCACCACAUUAUGAGCUCAAACUUCUCUAACUACCCUAAAGGGACCGAGUUCAAGAAGCUAUUCGACGUUUUGGGAGAUGGGAUUUUCAACGUAGAUUCAGAGCUGUGGAAGGAUCUUAGAAAAUCAGCUCAAAGCAUGAUGAUGAAUCCAGAGUUUCAAAGCUUUUCAAUAGCUACAAGCUUGAAUAAGCUAGAGAAAGGGCUUGUCCCACUUCUUGACCAUGUUGCUAAAGAGAAACUCGUUGUGGACUUGCAAGACGUGUUUCAAAGAUUCACGUUCGACAGUACCUUUGUUUUAGCGACCGGGUAUGAUCCAGGUUGUCUCUCGGUUGAGAUGCCUGAAAUUGAGUUUGCAAGAGCUUUAGAUGAUGCCGAGGAAGCUAUUUUCUACAGACAUGUCAAGCCGGAGAUGGUGUGGAAGAUGCAAAGAUUGUUUGGGCUUGGAGAUGAGUUGAAGCUGAAAAGAGCUCACAACAUUCUGGACCGUGCUUGCUUUAAGUGCAUAUCUUCCAAGAGAGAUGACAUAAGCCGUGGGACUAAUAAUAGUGGUUCUAAAGAUUUGCUGACGGCGUACUUGAAUGUGGACACGACCAAGUACAAGUUGUUGAAUCCUAAUGAUGACAGGUUCCUUAGGGACACGGUCUUGAGCUUCAUGUUAGCUGGUAGAGACACCACAGGCUCAGCACUCACUUGGUUCUUCUGGCUUCUAUGUAAGAACGAAGAAGCAAUAAUCAAGAUUCUUCAAGAAAUCAACAAAAAUAUAUCUCCAAGAACCAAGACUGAUGAUUAUGGUUCAUUCAAUCCCCAGGAGCUGAAGAAGUUAGUUUAUUUACAUGGUGCAAUUUGUGAAGCCCUAAGGCUCUAUCCACCUGUUCCCUUCCAACACAAGUCUCCAACUAAAACCGACGUUCUUCCAAGCGGACACAAAGUCGAUGCCGGCUCAAAGAUUUUGUUCUGUCUCUAUUCAUUAGGGAGAAUGAAGUCGGUUUGGGGAGAAGAUGCAUUGGAAUUUAAACCGGAGAGAUGGAUUACUGAGAAUGGAACGUCAGUACAUGAGCCAUCUUAUAAGUUCUUAUCAUUUAACGCAGGUCCAAGAACUUGUCUAGGGAAAGAAGUGGCUAUGAUGCAAAUGAAGACAGUGGCUGUGAAAAUCAUACAAAACUAUGAUAUUAAGGUCGUUGAAGGGCACAAAGUCGAGCCAGCUCCUUCUAUUAUUCUCCACAUGAAGCAUGGUCUUAAAGUCACGGUUUCUAAGAGAUGUUUGGUCUGAAUGUUAUGACUAGAAACGUGGACAGUUGACGUAAUUAUUUCCUUGUCCUCUCAUGAAAUAUGGAAAUCUCAUGUCAGCUUGAUUGUUAUCUAAUAAAAUAUAAUUAUUUCAGAAA